ACCCGGAUGUAUUCUAUAGAUUGUGCAAACAAAAAUGGCGGAAAAUGAAAGCAUCUUUUCUGACGGUGAGAACUGCAAGGAUAACUGGAAAGAUGCCAAAGCUACAUUCACCUCAAACAAGGAACACUUAGUUAUACUUGGUAAGCCGGUUAUGGAGAAGUGGGAAACUCCAUACAUGCACAAACUCGCUACAAUUGCAGCAGGUAAUGGUGGCAGGGUACUGGAAAUCGGUUUUGGGCUGGCAAUAGCAGCCACGAAAAUCCAGUCUCAUAACAAUGUGUCAGAGCAUGUUAUAAUAGAGUGCAAUGAAGAUGUAUUUCGUGAGUUAUUGAAGUGGGCAGCUGAAUCUUCUCGACCGGUAACACCCCUUCAAGGACUCUGGCAAGACGUUGUUCCUACUCUACCUGACAAUAGUUUUGAUGGAAUACUGUACGAUACAUAUCCACUCUCUGAAGAAACCUGGCAUACACAUCAGUUUGAGUUCAUUAAGGCUCAUGCAUAUCGCUUAUUGAAACCAGGUGGAGUAUUGACAUACUGCAACCUCACUUCCUGGGGAGAGUUGAUGAAGAGUAGCUUUGACAACAUUGACAAGAUGUUUCAGGAGACACAGGUGUCACACUUGAUUGAUGCAGGGUUUCGUAGAGAAAACAUCAAAACUGAAGUCAUGCCAAUAUCUCCACCGAGUGAAUGCCGCUACUACAGCUAUGAUAAGAUGAUAGCUCCAACCAUCACUAAGUAACAUGAUAUACAACAUUAGAACUGGACUAAGCUAGGCCUUUCACUCAUUAGUUUAUUAUUAGAGUUAUUAUGAGGUUAUGUUAUAAUUAUUAUGAUAAAAAUAUUAUCUAAAUAUUAUGACUGAAUAAAAUGAUUGCAAAUAA